AUGGCCACAACAAGUGCAGAUCAGCAAAGGAAAUCUCGUCAAGAUGCCGAAGCAGUAGAAAAUUUCUCGAAAAGAUAUUACGAUAUACUAGACACGCGAAGACAUAAUGUAGAUAAAUUUUACCAAAAUCAAGCCAAAUUAAUCUGGAAUGGUAAGGAAAUCAAUGGUCAAAAUGCAAUUGCCAACUAUUUAGUUGGACUACCACCAACGAAGCAUUAUAUCUAUGCGUUAGAUUUCUUUCCUAUGAAAGAUCUGUUUCCUGAUGAAGAUACAACAUAUCAAGUAUUUGUCAGUGGUGCAGUUGUUUACGGAUCGGUUGACAGCGUGACAAUCACGAAAGAAAAACGUCUGUUUUCACAUGCAUUUAUCUUAACUGUGGAUAAUAUUACUUCGACAUGGGUCAUUGUCAAUGAAUCUUUUCGAUUUCAUGAAUAG